AUGGAACUCUUCUAUAUAUCUAUAAUUUUGCUAAUGAUGUGUUUAUCUAAUUACAAUCAAGUAAGUUCAUAAAUCAUUUAUGAUAAAUUAACAUAUUAUUUAGACACAUCAACAUCUGCCUAAAAUAUAACUUGCUAAAGUCUUACAAAAGUUUACUAGUCUUCAACAAUUGGUUCACCAAGAGUUAUGUAAUUCAAAAUCAACACUAAUUAUGGUUACACAAACUUAUUCUAUAUAUUUGAGUUACACUUUCUAACAUAAUAAAUGUCAAACAUUAUUUUUUAGGAAAGUGGAGUAACUGUUUAUACAUUUGAAGCAAAUUUAAUUUAUUAAAUGUCAACCAGUUUUUGCUCUAAAACUAGUUUUGUUUAAUAUUUUUAAUUUACUUCUGUCACUAAUAUGAAUGAAUAAUAAGCAACACUUUUAAUUACCUCAAAUAGUGAAUCUACAUUUUUUAUUAAAAAUUUAAAUAUAUAUGCAGAAAGAUGCUAGCCUUAUUGCAAAAUAUGUAUUGAAUCCUAAAAUUGUUAAGAAUGCAUGCCUGAUUAUGAAUUUAAUACUUUUGGAUUCUGUUAAUGUAAAUAUUAAUUUCUAACUAACUUCUAAGGAUAAUGUAUAACCUAAUGUCCUAUUAAUCAUAUUUUCAAUGGUUAUACUUGUGAGAAAUAUAAUCAAUUAAUAAAUUUACUAUACGAUGACACAGCAUCAAAAUUUACAAUGAUACCUGACUAUAAUACAACUUAAAGAUUAAGUAAAACAACUUUAGAAGGAAAAUAAGUAGCAGGUCUUUUUAUUCAGAAUGAAGCAGUGGAAUAUUAAAUCAAUUUAUCUUCAGAAACAGGAUACAAUAUUAUAUUGUUAGCAGAUAUGUAUCUUUUAAAUUUUCCAUCAAUCUCUAUCAAUUUUUAACUAUCCAUUAAAUAUAAUAAUAUUAUAAUAGGUUAGAUUUUUAUAAGUUUAAAAAAUGAAAUAAAUUAAAUAUAAGUUAUAGGAGCUAUAAAAUAAAAAUAAUGCAAUAUAAAAGGAUUUACUACAUGUUUAAAGUUUACUAUAGGAAAAUAUAUAUAAAAUAUUAAAGAUCUCUCUUUAUUAUAAUUGUAAAUGAACAUACCGUUAGAAAGAUAAGAAAUUUCUUGGGCAAUUUCAUAAAUUUAAGUUUCUGGGAUAACACUUCCUCCAAUUAAUUGUCCAUUAAAAAAAUUUGAAAAUGAAUGUUUUGAUGAAUGCCCAAUAACUUCAAGAGCAUAAGGAGAUGAAUGUAUUAGUAUACUUAAUGAUUAUAAAUUUACCUAAGUAUUAAGAAUUUCAUACACUGAUCGAUUUUCAUUAAAGUAAAAUACUCAAAUUAAUUAUAUUUGUGAUUUAUGGGAAGGACUUCAUUUUGUUGAUUGUGUUUUUUAUUAAAAACGAUAUUUAUUCGGGGGUUAUAAUAUUUGGCAAAAUGAAUAAAUAAAAUUAGUAGUUACUACAAUUAAACCACAUUAUAAAGUGAAAUUAUUAUUUAAAUUGAUUAUAAUAGACCCUGUGGAUAGUAAUUAAAGCUUAAUAGUAGGGAUUGAGGAUACUGUAUUUGUUUUGAAUAAGAAUUCUCCAAAUUCAUAUUGUUUCAGUAGUGUAGCUACAAGUGAUUGCAUAAUUUAGGAAGAUCUUGGUUAAACAAAUGCUGAUUAUUUAAUAAACUUUGAUUAAGAAUUUGAUCAUUCAAAAACCUAAUUAGAGAUAUUUUUAAAUUGUAAUAUACAAUAAAAUAGUAAUAGUUAUUGUGCAAUAUAUGAUUUAAUAAUUCUUUAAGCAAAUUGUCCUGAUAAUUGUUAAUUUUGUUUAUCAGAUUCUAAUUGUUUGUAGAAUGGUUAAAUUAUUCCAGUUUUAUAUGAUUGCUUAAAAGAUGGUUAUUAUUAUUCUGAAGGAUCCUGUUAAUAAUGUUAAAAUUCUUGUAAAACAUGUAAAAAUUAGAGUUCAUGUACUAGUUGUAAGGAUUCAUAUUUUUAAUUUGGAAAUUUAUGUAUUUGUAAAAUGAAUUAGGUGAGUGCUGAAAUAUCAGAUUGUUAAGAUAACAAUUGUCAUUCAUCUUGUUCAAAAUGCUAGAAUUAAAUAAGUCAAAAUUAUGUUCGUACAGUUUCUUACAUGAAUUCCUUUUGCUCAUCUUGUGAUAGAAAUGAACAUAAAAUCUUUAAUACUAAUAUAUGUGAAUGUUUUUUAGGGUACUAUAUGGAAAAAACAAUUAAUCCAAACACUUGUUAACUAUGUAAUUCAAAAUGUAAAACUUGUUCAGAUGCAACAACUUGUAUAACUUGUUAUCCUGAAUAAAAUAGAAUAUAUAAUGACUAUUAAUGUUAAUGCAAAGAAGGGUAUUUUGACAAUGAAUAUGAUUCAAGUUGCAUAAAAUGCAUAACUCUUUGCAAAUCUUGCCUAUAUAAAUAGAAUCAUUGUAUUGAUUGUCAUCCUGAAUAAUAUAGAAUAUUAUCAAAAGAGAAUAAGUGUAUCUGUCAAAAUGGAUAUUAUGAUAAUUAAAACGAUGUUUGUUUAAGUAAUUAAUAAUAUAAAUUUAGAAUGUAAUGAUAAUUGUUAUAGUUGUACAAAUUAUUAUACUUGCACAUCAUGUAAUGAAUUUGAUUUUAGAAAAUUAGAUGUCUUAAAUAAAAUAUGUAUAUGUUAAUUAGGGUAUUAUGAUAAUAAUGAAUAAACUUGUCUACCAUGUUAUUAUACAUGUAGUAAAUGUAAUAAUUAAAAUUUACCAUCCUAAUGCACUCUUUGUCCUAAAACAAGAUAAAAAUCAUCAAAUAAUCUUGAUACUUUUGAAUGUUAAUGUAGAAAAGGAUAUUUUGAUGAUGGGUAUUUAGAAUGUUUGCCAUGUAUUAAUUUAAUCAAUCCUCCUAUUUCACAUUAUUGUUAUUCUUUUUGUGGAGAUCUUAUUGUUUAAUGGAAUGAAGAAUGCGAUGAUGGUAAUUUAGAUUAACGAGAUGGAUGUAAUCAAUGUUUUCUUUAAAAUAACAACUGCAAAGAAAAUGUUUGUUUAAAAUGUUAAUAUAAUAAAUGUCUUUAAUGUAUUGAUGGAUAUUAUUUAAAUAAUGAUUAUGCAUGUAUUUAAUGUUCAUAUGAAUGUUAAACAUGUGAAACACGAUAAAAUAAUUGUACAUCAUGUAAAUUUCAUUAUUCUAACUCUAAUAAAUGCUUAAUUUGUAAUCAAGAUUAAGGAUUUUUUUAAAUUGAUAAUUAAUGUUUUAGUAUCUGUGGUGAUGGAAUUAAAACAUUUUAAGAAUUUUGUGAUGAUGGUAAUUAGUUAAAUGGUGAUGGUUGUGAUUAAAAUUGUAACAUAGAAGUUGGUUAUGUUUGUAAUACUUAAUGUUAAUAAAUUAAUUAUCUAUAAAUAUUACUAAAAGAAUAUUAAUUUCACACUAUUUAUGAUUCAAAAAGAAUUAUUUAAUUAAAAUUCAAUCAGGAUGUUAAAAUUACUACUAAUAGUUCAAUAACAAAUUUAAUCCAAGUUAUUUCAACUACUGCAAAUCUCAAUAUGACUCUUAUUAGCAUUUCUGACAAUUCAGAAGUCAAAAAUGACUAUAUUAAUACUGCUUUAGAUUUAAAUAUAUAAUUAGAAUCAUCUGCACUAUCUCCAACUCUUAAAGUUAUAAUAUAAAAUUAUACUUACAUAACUAAUUAAUAAGGUUGCUCCUUUCAAUUUAAUAAUGCUACCAUUUAAUUAAUUGAGUAUAUUUAAUAAGAUAAAUUUGUAAUUUAGAAUACUCAAAAUUUAACUUAAAUAAGUUCCUAUUUCCUAUAUAUAUUACUAGGAUUAGUGAUUUUAGCUUUUGUUUUCGGAGGAUUAGAUAUAUUUUGGAAUCUCUUGGAUACUUUACAAUUUAUUUGUUAUCUAAAAUAUUUUAAUAUCACUUACCCUUAUAAUCUUUAGUAUUAUUUUACAAUUUUUGGAUUUGCUGAAUUUGAUUUUAUUAAAUCUUAUUUUGAUUUUGAAUACUUGAUUACAUAAUAUGUAGAUACUCCUUAAGCUGAUCCAAAAUUUUAUUAAGAAGGAUACUCAACUGUUUUUCUGGUUAACAUAAUUUCUGUGAUUAUAGUUUUUAUUACCUAUAUUCUUACAUUUAUUUUAAUCAAAAUAGUUUUAUAUUUACUACAUAAAAUUACAAAAGAUUUUAGUGAAGAAAUUAUAUUAAUGGAAUCAGAAAAGAUAAAUAUUUUUACUUUUCUUUUUUAUAAAUUUACAAAUAACUGUUAGAAAUAUUUUAUGUAAAUUAUAAGUGAAUUUAAAAGUGCUUUAAUAAGAACUUUUAUGACAUCUGCAUAUGAUUUUAAUUUGGCUAUUUUUUUAUAAUUCAAGGACUUUAACUUUGAUAAUCCUAUUCUAAAAUUAAGUAGUAUAUGUGCAAUUAUUGUUUUUUUCUUAGAAAUCUAUUUUUUAUUUAAUUGUUUAUCAUUAAUGAGCAAGGAUGUUGCUACAUACAAGUUACAAGUAACAAAAUAAAAUUAUGGAUCACUUUAUGAAGGAUUAAAAUUAAAUAGAAAUCAUUUCAUUUACUAUUUCAAUUUAUUCAUAGUUAUAAAGAAGGGUUUAUUUAUGGCGUUGCUAGUAUUUCUAUACAAUACUCCUACUCUACAAAUAAGCCUUGUUUCAUUACUAAGUUUAUCAUAAGUUUUAUUUUUAUUUCUAAAUAAACCCUUAGAAGAUUAAAAUGAACAUGUCAAAUAAAUAAUUUGUGAAAUUAUUUUAUGGUUGUCAGAAAUUUUAAUUUUAGUCAUCAGUUAUAAUGAGUAGAGUUAAAAUUUGAAUUUUUCAUCAAUAAUAAAUAUUGGAUGGUCAAUAAUAGGAUUUUUGUCUUUAAUUAUUUUUGCAUAAUUAAUUAUUGAUUGUAAGUAACAUUUUAAAUUUCUUAAUUAAAAAUAUUAAUUGCUCAAACACUUUAAGAUAUGGUAUCAUUAAUAUUUUUAAAAUGAUGAUAGCCAAUCUUCUCUUAAUACAGAAUAUAGUUAAUUUUCAAUUAUAUUUCAAUAAAAGCCAAAAUAAUUACAAAGCAUCUAAAAAUCCAAAGCCUUAAAUUAUUUAGUAAAUCAACGUAGAAUUUUUUCUUUUAAAUUAAAUUGA